UUACGUAAGGCGCAGGCCAGGGCCGGUCGGGCGCUCGGCAGCGGGACGGGGGUCUCGGUCGGAGCGAGAGGCCGCCCGCCAGCCUGCGCUGUGGGCCGCUCCCGCCGGCGCCGCCGCCGCCCUCCCCGCAGCCUCGGCAGGAACCAUUGUGACAUUUUUUGAAUGGCUGUGGGUCUCAUCAGGGAGGUCUCUAGUGUUCUGGGGCUUGAUGCAUUCAGUACAAUCUCAUCUGCAAACUGGAGCAUCUGAAGAACCUUACCAUCUUCCAUUUGGAAUCUGAGCAGGACAUCAUCUUCUGUAACAUCAUUGAACACAUUUGGUUCUGCCGGAGACUCACAUUUGGCCUCAAUGUGAAAUUAAGGUAGAAAAACACAUCUACAUGUGUUGCUAUUAGGAUAAGUAUAUUCACUGGUCAUGCCUGAAGAGGGAAGUUCAGUUCUAGACAGCUGACUGCUAGCAAAUAUAAAUGAUUAUCCUAGAAGUCAAGCCUCUCUCCUGUUUACUGGAGUGAAAAUCCCCUCCAGAUACCAACGGAUAUCAACUACAGAAAAUGCUUCACGUUUUAAGGAUGCCAGCCACCUAGAUUCAUGCACCCUCUCUGUACAGUUGUUGUGGAUGGUUUGCCAUCUGAAAGCUCCUCAAGCUCUUAUCCAGGCCCUGUAUCUGUUUCUGAAAUGUCUCUGCUUCAUGCUUUGGGCCCAGUGCAGACCUGGCUGGGACAAGAGCUAGAGAAGUGUGGCAUUGAUGCCAUGAUUUAUACUCGGUAUGUCCUCAGUCUUCUGCUGCAUGAUAGCUAUGACUACGAUCUACAGGAACAGGAGAAUGACAUCUUCCUGGGCUGGGAAAAAGGAGCAUAUAAGAAAUGGGGAAAGAGUAAGAAGAAGUGCUCAGAUCUAACUCUAGAAGAAAUGAAAAAACAGGCUGCUGUCCAGUGUCUUCGCUCUGCUUCAGAUGAAAGCUCUGGGAUUGAAACUUUAGUGGAGGAGCUCUGCUCCAGACUGAAAGACCUUCAGAGUAAGCAAGAAGAGAAGAUUAAUAAAAAAUUAGAGGGAUCUCCUUCUCCAGAAGCAGAAAUAUCUCCCACGGCAAAGGAUCAAGUGGAAAUGUACUACGAAGCAUUUCCACCACUUUCUGAGAAACCAGUUUGCCUGCAAGAAAUCAUGACCGUAUGGAAUAAAUCUAAAGUUUGCUCUUACUCUAGCUCAUCCUCAUCAUCCACAGCUCCACCAGCUACCACAGACACAUCCUCUCCCAAGGAUUGCAAUAGUGAAAGUGAAGUCAUUAAAGAGAGAAGUAAUGAAGUGUCCAGCACUGUACAUGAGCGAAUCCAGCUGAAAAAAAAUAAAAAUGAGAAAGAGAACAAGUUUAAUAAUGGCACAAUUGAAGAGAAGCCUGCUUUCUACAAAAAGCAAACCCGACACAAACCUGAAGGAAAAAUUCGUCCUCGAUCCUGGUCUUCAGGUUCUAGUGAAGCAGGCUCAAGUUCAAGUGGUAAUCAGGGAGAAUUAAAAGCAUCAAUGAAAUGUGUUAAAGUGAGGCAUAGAACACGAGAGAUUCGAAACAGAAAAGGGCGAAAUGGUCAAAGCAGGAUUUCUGUGAAGACCAGUGAAAGGGCUGAAAGAAAGUUUCAUGCUGGAAGUAGCAGCAGCAGUAGCAGUGGGUCCAUCAAACAGCUGUGCAAAAGGGGCAAAAGACACUUGAAAGAAAUUGGAAGAAACGAUCCUGGCAGCACAGAAGGAAAAGAUCUGUACUUGGAGAGCAGAAAUGAAAAAGAAUAUAAAGAGGAGCCAUUAUGGUAUACGGAACCAAUUGCAGAAUAUUUUGUUCCUGUGAGCAGAAAAAGUAAACUUGAGACUACAUACCGAAACAGGCAAGAUACAUGUGAUCUAACAUCAGAAGCAGUAGAAGCAUUGUCAGAAUCAGUGCAUGGUCUUUGUAUUAGCAACAAUAAUAUUCAUAAAACAUACCUCGCAGCAGGUACUUUCAUUGAUGGUCACUUUGUAGAAAUGCCUGCAGUUAUAAAUGAGGAUAUUGACCUCACUGGGACCUCAUUAUGUUCUCAACAAGAGGACAAUAAAUAUUUGGAUGAUGUUCAUCUGUCAGAACUAACACACUUCUAUGAAGUGGAUAUUGAUCAAUCCAUGUUGGAUCCUGGUGCCUCAGAUACGAUGCAAGGAGAAAGUCGGAUUUUGAAUAUGAUUCGACAAAAGAGUAAAGAGAAAACUGAUUUUGAGGCAGAAUGUUGCAUAGUGUUAGAUGGAAUGGAGUUGCAAGGGGAAAGUGCAAUAUGGACAGAUUCUACCAGCUCUGUUGGUGCUGAGGGGUUAAUCUUGCAAGACCUUAGUAAUUUAGCUCAAUUUUUGGAGUGCUGUUCAUCUUCAAGCUCUGGUGAUGCAGAUGGGGAAAGUUUUGGAGGUGAUUCUCCUAUUAGACUCUCACCUAUCUUAGACAGCACAAUGCUUAGUUCACACAUGCUUGCUGGCAAUCAAGAGCUCUUUUCAGAUAUUAAUGAAGGGUCUGGUAUAAACUCUUGUUUUUCAGUGUUUGAAGUGCAAUGCAGUAAUUCUGUUUUACCAUUUUCUUUUGAAACACUCAACUUGGGAAAUGAAAAUACAGAUUCUAGUAGUAGUGCUAAUAUGCUUGGAAAAACACAGUCUAGGUUGCUAAUAUGGACCAAAAAUAGUGCCUUUGAUGAAAAUGAACACUGUUCCAAUCUUUCAACAAGAACUUGUAGUCCAUGGUCACACUCAGAAGAAACACGUUCAGACAAUGAGACUUUAAAUAUUCAGUUUGAAGAAUCCACGCAGUUUAAUGCAGAAGAUAUUAAUUAUGUAGUUCCCAGAGUCUCCUCAAAUUAUGUAGAUGAAGAACUUCUAGAUUUUUUGCAAGAAGAAACUUGCCAGCAAAAUGAUAGAACUUUAGGAGAGAUGUCUAAUUUGGUUUUCAAAAAAAAAUCUAAACUAGAAUCUGUCUGUGGUAUUCAGCUAGAACAAAAAACAGAAAGUAAAGACUAUGAAACUACACAAGUUUGUAGUGAUAGCAGUCCACCGGGAGAUGGCUACAGCUCAGGGGUUAUUAAAGACAUUUGGACAAAUAUGACAGACAGGAAUUCUGUAGCAAUGGUAGAAAUAGAAAGAAUAGAUGAUGAGUUGUUUUCAACAGAUGUAAAUAACUACUGCUGCUGUUUGGAUACUGAAGCUAAAAUGGAAACCCUCCAUGAGCCUAAUAAGGCAGUGCAGAGAUCAGAGUACCAUCUAUGGGAGGGACAGAAAGAGAACUUGGAGAAAAGAGCAUUUGUUCCAAGUGAGCUAUCUAAGGUAGAUGGUGGCGAUUAUACUACACCCUCCAAACCUUGGGAUGUAAACGAGGAUAAAGAAAAUGCAUUUAUUCUUGGUGGAGUUUACGGAGAACUCAAAACAUUUAAUAGUGAUGGGGAAUGGGCAGUAGUACCACCUAGUCACACAAAAGGAAGCCUACUACAGUGUGCAGCUUCUGACGUAGUGACAAUAGCUGGUACAGAUGUCUUUAUGACCCCAGGAAACAGCUUUGCACCAGGUCACAGGCAGUUAUGGAGACCAUUUGUAUCAUUUGAACAGAAUGAUCAAUCUAAGAGUGGGGAAAGUGGAUUAAAUAAAGGGUUUUCUUUUAUCUUCCAUGAAGACUUACUAGGAGCUUGUGGUAACUUUCAAGUCGACGAUCCUGGGCUCGAAUAUUCAUUCUCCUCCUUUGACCUAAACAAUCCAUUUUCACAAGUUCUUCAUGUAGAAUGUUCAUUUGAACCAGAAGGGAUUGCAUCUUUCAGCCCUAGUUUCAAACCUAAAUCAAUCCUCUGCUCUGAUUCAGACAGUGAAGUUUUUCAUCCCAGGAUAUGUGGUGUUGACAGAACACAAUAUAGGGCUAUAAGGAUUUCUCCAAGGACUCACUUUCGCCCAAUUUCUGCAUCUGAACUGUCUCCAGGAGGAGGAAGUGAGUCAGAAUUUGAAUCUGAAAAAGAUGAGGCAAAUACUCUUCCUUCUCAAGUUGAUGUGUUUGAAGAUCCACAAGCAGAUCUCAAACCCCUGGAAGAAGAUGCAGAGAAAGAAGGGCAUUACUACGGAAAGUCAGAGCUUGAGUCCGGAAAAUUCCUUCCCAGAUUGAAAAAAUCUGGAAUGGAGAAAAGUGCUCAGACAUCACUGGAUUCCCAGGAGGAAUCAUCUGGGAUUUUGCCAAUAGGAAAGCAAGAUCAGUGUUUGGAGUGUAGCAUGAAAGAAUCUUUAGAAACAGAGCAUAUAGAAAACUCAGAAGUGAAUUGCAAAAUAUUGGCACCUUGUGAAGAAGAAAUAAAUAACUUUUGCAGUUGUAAGGCAGGUUGUCAAUUCCCUGCAUAUGAAGAUAAUCCUGUUUCUUCAGGAGAGCUAGAAGAGUUUCCUAUAUUGAAUACUGAUCUGCAAGGAAUGAGUGGCAAUCAAGAGAAGCAGUGCUGGUGGGGAAAAGCGCUGUACUCUCCCCUUUUUCCUGGAUCAGAGUGUGAAGAAUGUUAUACAAAUACCAAGGGAGAGAAGGGCUUGGAAGAAUAUCCAGAUGUUAAAGAAAUACCCAACGAUGGAGAGCAUCUGUUAGAUUUUAAUAGAGUGUCUUCUGUUUAUGAAGCAAGGUGUACAGAAGAAAGAAAUCCUGGAACAAAAUCAAAUGGCUUCCGGAAAAAAUUAUAUUCCAGUGAUAGUUCCAACUCUGAAGACACAGCCUCAGAAGGUGGUAGUGAAUGGGUUGAUCCUUGUGAAGAGGAGCUUUUUUCUCGAACUCAUCUAUGAAACUGCAGAGUAGUACCAAUUGUCUAAAAAAGUAAUAUAUGAUGGAAAACUCCUUUUGUGAAACCUGUUACUCUAAAACAACAACUUGGGUUUCCUCUUCAAGUAACUGAUUCAGAUGCGUAUUUAUCUUUCUCUUCUUGCUUAUUUUAUGGUUGAGGAUCACUCUCCUCUUGGAACAUUUUUUCCCCCAACCUGUCAAUUCUUGGCUAUUUGAAAUAGACUAGAUUGUGUUGUCAAUUCAAGAAUGGGUGUGCAUGUGCUUAUCUUAGAUGCAUCACUGCUCUUUGCCUCUUAACUGCAGUUAUUUUCAUUUGUAAUUGCAGCCUCACCACUAUUAUCUUAUUAGCAUUGCAGUGUCUAUAACUCCUUCUGCUAUUCAGAGACUUUAGCUUUUGGCACAUUUUAGCUUUGUUCUCUAAGAACUGGGAGAUAAAUACUGAACACUGUAAUUUAUCAGUGCCUUUCUGAAUGCAGGAGAAGAGCAUGAAUGACUUGUCUAGUCUUCAUUUGGUAAAAUCUCAUGUAAAUUUGAAGUAGGAACAACAAGGUUGUGCUUUAGAGACUUACAGAAUACUGUGUUUUCUAUCUUAGGAUAUUUUCCCCCCUAAAUAAACCCACAGAGGAUUCUAUGGUUUGUGAUUUUCUUGCUAACUGGAGAAGCCAAGGAUUUUUUUUUUUAAUUUUUGGUAUGUGUGGAGGCAAUGUGAGGGGGUUGCAGUCUCUCUUCUGUUUCUUUCUUUUCCCCUUUCUUCCUCUUCUCUCCCUCUCUUUUGUACUCAUCUUUUCCUUUUUA